GAUAAUAGUCACGCACGUUUUUGUUCACGUGAUAAAACAGAGAAGCAAGCAAGCAAAGGAGCGAGCAAAAGUACGUCGAGAGGAGAAAUCAUGUCCUCGAAGAAGGAAUAUUAUAAUGUCACGCCUGAACAACGUGAGAUUUCGUUAUGGAGAGACGCUAAACGCAGAGAAUUGCGCGAAUUGUACCUGAAGCAUUCGGGACACCCGACCAAGAGCCUCCUGUUCGAUACAGGAAUACACAGAUUUGCCGCGACGAAAUCGUCGAUAGAACAGUUUUUUGUACCUACAGUAGCAAAUUUUAUUACAAGAAUGGGAUUUGUUGUGAGUUCUAUUGUCCUCACUGCGAUUUUGAUCAAAAAAAGAAAGGAUGCACGAGAACAUUUAUAUCGUACUGGGCAAGUCAGUUAUGCGGACAGAGAUUAUAAAUUUCUCUAAAAUAUUAGAUACAUAAUUAUUUAGCAAAAUAUAAGCGUAGUUGUAAUGUAUCAUUGUAUAACGGAAUAAAUUAUCAAAACAUAAUACUAAUUUUAAAUGUAACACUAGAGAGAACCAAGAUUUUUCAAAAAAAAUAUGAAGGUUUUUGUAAAAUUUAAUUAAUCCACAAAAAAGGCUAGUUUCAAAAAUAAAAAAAUGCAUGUAUCUAAAAUAUGUAACUCGAUAAUUAAGGACCUUAUCGAUUUAUACCUUAAUAAUUAGGAUAAGCUUUAUACAGAUACAUUAUAUAUAUUCUCUUGA